AUGAAGGCGCUGUGGACGAGCACAUUGGUCACCCCGUCGCAUCCGAUGAUCGCCGCCGCGAGCGGAUCAUCCGAUCCUUUGGAGACAUCGAAGCACGAGACGAUGCGUCCCGGAGCCGGAUCAACAAUCAGCUUCCGCGCCAGUGGGUUCGGGGUCGUCUCGACUUGUGUGAUCGUGUAUCCCAAUGAACUCUUCCCAAAGUGGUUCUUUCGUGCAUUCCAAGCCGCUUUACGCAAGCAUUUCAAUCAUGAAUCGGACCUGAUUAGCCGACUCAGCGCUUACGCGCCGUGGGAAGUUCUCGUCGAGCUGCUCAUCAUCUGGAUCGUUGUCUACGCGAUCAUCCGCUUUCUCCAAGGCACUCGAGCAGCCCGUGCGAUCAAAGGACUGAUCUUCGUCCUUAUUGUCGGAACCCUCGUCGUGCGAGUUGUCGGAGACGAUACUUUCGCGCGUCUGACCUAUCUCUACGACCGCGUCCUCGCGGGUUUCGCGCUGGCGCUCGUCGUGAUCUUCCAGCCCGAACUCCGCCGAGCACUGAUCCGAUUGGGAGAGACCCGGCUCUUUAGUACCACCGAGCAAGGCGCCGCGGCGAUCGCGGCCCAACUCGCUCCAGCGUGUGUAUUCCUCUCCAAAGCACAGUUCGGCGCCAUCAUCGUCAUCGAACGACGCGUUGGUCUCAAAUCCGUCACCGAAGGCGGCACCGACUUAGACGCAAAGCUCAGCUCAUCGCUCAUCCAAACCAUCUUUCAUCCCGGCUCAGCGCUCCACGACCUCGCAGUGGUCAUCCGCGCCGAUCGAAUCCAAGCCGCGGGUGUACAGCUCCCGAUGGCCAGCGCAACAGAGAUCACCGAUCAGUCAUUUGGAUCGCGCCACCGCGCCGCGAUCGGAGUCACCAAGGACUCAGAUGCGUUGGUCCUCGUGGUCUCAGAAGAAUCCGGACACAUCCGCAUCGCUCAGCGAGGACAACUCUCGGAUCCAAUCGAUCGAGAUCAACUCGAAGACACCCUUCGUGAUCUGCUCGGACAUCCCGACGAAACUGAAAAGCCGGCAUUCCCAGAAUCCAAAGCCGACGAUCCCGACGCGGGCUUCGUAAUGGCAAAAGUCUCCAAAGCACCAUCUCGAUUCUGGUCGCAGAUCCGAUCAAUCAUCGUCGUCACCUUCCUGACCCUGCUGAUUUGGCUCCUCGCAGAGUCCCGAAUGGUCCAGACGCGCACCAUUGAGCUCCAAAUCGUCCUUGUAGGCAAUACCCAAGACCCCGAGCACCAGUUCGUCGUGCGACCAGCAUCCUCGGAUGACUGGAUCUCCUCAGUCAACAUCGAACUCGAGGGAUCGCUCGCAUCACUUGACGCCGCGACGCGUGAGAUGCGAGGGCGUAUCCAGAUGAAUGUGGGUGAGCAAAUCCCAGCGCGCACCGGAACCCAUGAUCUCGAUAUCCGCUCAAUCCUCCGCGAUACACCCGCGAUGAAAACCAGCGGGGUCUCCAUCGGAUCCGUCUCGAGCGACUUCGUCAUCGUCGAAGUCGACGAGCUCGUCGCGCUCGAGCUCCCUGUCCGCGUAGACAUACCAGCGAGCGUGGCGCUCGACGGCACUCCACGCGCGAUCCCUCAGACAGUCCGCAUCACAGGACCGAGCACCAUCAUCGGCACACUGGAAGGACGCGAACUCAUCGCCGCUCCCGAUACCUCGCUCAUCGCCGCACUGACUCCAGGUCGUCUCGAGACCAUCCCCAAUGUCGCGAUCAAUAUGCCUGUCCAAAGCGACUCUACACUCCCAUUGGGUUGGGUCCCUGUCCUCUCACCUUCAAGAGCAGACAUCCGCUUAACCGUCCGCUCUCUGACCCAAACGACCACGAUCGAUCGUCUCCCGAUCCAGAUCCUGCUGGCGCCAGGAGAAGUCGGACGCUGGAAUGUCACGCUCGAUCCAGGAUCCGAGGACCUCGUCGGCAUCCAGCUCUCAGGUCCCGCGGAUCUCAUCACCCAGAUCACCGAAUCCGAGAUCACCCCAUCAGCCGUCCUCGCCCUGUCAUUUCAGGAUCUGGAGCGUGCGAUCACCUACAAAUCCGUCGAAAUUCUGGGUCUCCCAAGCGGAGUCGAGGUUAUCACAGAACUCCCAGAAGUCGGAUUCGCAAUCACACCAGCUGAAGCUCCGAGCACCUCGUCCUACCCUUUGGACCCCAUUGUCCGCACCGGAGCAGGCAAUCGGGAGCCACCCGUGAAGAUCAAGACCGACGAAAUCGUCAGCGUCAUCAAGCAAGAAAUCGAAAGCUUCUCCUCACAACUCGAGAUCUCCGAGGUCGGACGAGUCGUCGAGGUUGGUGACGGGAUCGCCCGUAUCUACGGGCUCUCCAAAGCCAAGGCUUCCGAACUCAUCGAGUUCCAGACCUCAACCGGCGCUGUCAUGGGUCAGGUCAUGAACCUCGAAGAAGACACCGUUGGUGCGGUGAUCUUCGGUGACUAUCUCUCUGUUAAGGAAGGCGACACCGUCAAAGCGACCGGGAACCUCCUCUCCGUACCAGUCGGUGAAGCCAUGCUCGGACGCGUCGUUGACCCGCUCGGUCGUCCACUCGACGACGGCGCUGAGAUCAACGCAACCGAAUCUUCCAUGGUCGACAUCAUCGCGCCAGGUAUCGCGGCUCGUCAACCAGUUCACGAACCACUCCAGACCGGUAUCAAAGCGGUCGACGCGAUGAUCCCUGUUGGUCGUGGUCAGCGUGAGCUCAUCAUUGGUGACCGUAAAACAGGAAAGACCGCCGUUGCGAUCGACGCGAUCAUCAACCAGAAGCAGUUCUGGGGAACCAAAGACGCUGUGGUCUGUGUGUAUGUUGCUGUGGGUCAGAAAGAAUCCACUGUUGCCGGCGUCGUGGACACCCUCCGCGAAUCAGGCGCCAUGGACUACACCAUCGUCGUCAACGCGGGAUCGUCCGACCCCGCUCCGCUCCAGUACAUCGCGCCAUACUCCGGCACCGCGAUGGGUGAGCACUUCAUGUGGUCCGGCAAGGAAGAAGGCAAGACCCUCUCCAACGGCAACCCAUACCCCAAGCACGUCCUCUGUGUCUACGACGACCUCUCCAAGCAAGCGGUCGCCUACCGCCAGCUCUCACUGCUCCUCCGCCGUCCUCCAGGACGCGAAGCAUUCCCAGGUGACGUCUUCUACCUGCACUCACGCCUCCUCGAGCGCUCCACCAAGCUCUCCGACGAGAACGGCGCAGGUUCACUCACCGCGCUCCCGAUCAUCGAAACCCAAGAAGGCGACGUCUCGGCGUACAUCCCAACCAACGUGAUCUCGAUCACCGACGGCCAGAUCUACCUCGAACCAGAACUCUUCUUCUCAGGCGUGCGUCCGGCGAUUAAUGUGGGUAUCUCGGUCUCCCGCGUGGGUGGUGCCGCUCAAGUGAAAGCAAUGAAGAAGAUCGCCGGCUCCCUCCGUCUCGACCUCGCGGCAUACCGCGAGCUCGAAGCGUUCGCGCAGCUCGGUACCGAUCUCGACAAAGCAACCCAAGCACAGCUCGAUCGCGGUGCACGCAUGGUGGAACUGCUCAAGCAGCCUCAGUAUGUGCCGUUCAAUGUCAUCGAUCAGGUCAUCUCGAUCUACGCAGGAACCAAAGGCUUCCUCGACGAUGUCGCGAUCGAGAAUGUCGCGAAGUUCGAGAAGGACAUGCACGAGUACUUCCGCACCUCAGGCAAGUCCGUCUGGGACUCGAUCAACGAAGCGAAGGCACUCAACGACGACAACGAACCAAAGCUCGUCGAAGCCCUCAAGAACUUCAAAGCCGGCUGGAACGGUUAA